AUUUUCUGUACUUUUUUUUAUUUAGGCAUUUCCAUUAUUCGUCUACCGGUGAAGAAGAACCCAGAAAAUCUAGGAGGGAGGGCAACAAGGGACUCGAGUCGUUCUCUUGAAGCUAAUGGUGAUGGAGAUUCGUGUGGAUUGUUUCCUUACAUGGUUGGCUGACUGGAACUUUACGUUUUGGAGGGGCUUCCUUGGUUUACUCAAGUAAACCUGUAAGGAAACUAGGGGUUAGGAUCUCUUCUGAUUUGAAGUUGGAAGUUGUUUGUGUAUCAAAUUUGGUAUUGCAGAGUAAGAGUAGUGUGAUUUCUUUAUGGAUUUAUUUUAUUUCUAGAACUUCUGGUCCUGGUUUUUGGUGGAGUUAGAUUGGGACAUUCAGUUAGAGGGAGGAAAGUUCAAGGUGUGAUUAUAGAUGGGUAGGCCAUUGUUUUAUGAGAUCCUCGAAAAACCAGCUACGAGUUGUUUUAUAGGAAUAUGCACUGCAAUAUGGUUUAUUAUACAGAAGAAAAACAUUGGGUAUUCACACGUGGGUUUGAGUUAUGAAACUGCUGUUGAAGGGCACCAUUGGAGGAUAAUUACGUCUGCUUUCUCGCAUAUAAGUGUCUUGCAUCUUGUGUUCAAUAUGAGUGCACUUUGGAGUCUUGGCAUUGUGGAGCAACUGGGGCGUAUGGGUAUGGGAGUGGCAUAUUAUCUUCACUACACGCUUGUGUUGAUUGUAUUAUCAGGAGUGCUGGUUCUGGGGAUGUACCAUUUGUUGGUACAGAGAUUUAAGCUUGAGUAUUUCAGGAGAGUGACAGCUGUUGGGUACUCUUGCGUUGUGUUUGGAUGGAUGACGAUUCUAUCUGUGAAGCAGCCCUCUUCAAAGUUGGAGCUUUUUGGGUUUCUUUCACUUCCAAUCAGUUUUGCACCUUUUGAGUCGCUUAUUUUUACUUCAAUUAUUGUUCCACAAGCAAGCUUUCUUGGGCAUUUAUCGGGAAUUAUUGUUGGCUAUUCUGUAGCUUGGGGUUUGAUUCAUGGGAUGAAUAAUUUCUGGGCACUUACUAUGUUGGGAUGGAUUGUUGUGAUUUUUGUGUUCAGUUUGAAAAGAUCUGGUGCAUAUGAUUUCAACUUUCUUGAGAUUGAAUCUGUGACUGAUCCUUCCUUUCCUUCUAUACGGUUUAUUGGGAAUAGCCGCAGCCUGCAGAUGAGUAUGAUCCCAGUUGAAGGUGCAGAACUGGUCUAAUUUCUGGUCAUGAUCCUCCCACAAUUGGACGCAAGAAUGCUGACCUGCAAUUUGAGGGCUCUUAUUAACAAUCCUGCAUGAUUUUGUUAAGGCAAACUAGAAAGUUAGAUUCACAAUUGCCAAAGUGUUUCAGGUUUGUUGGUGCCUUUUCAUGUGGUAAAAAUAUCUUUAGCUGCAGUAUUUCGGGCUUGCUAGCCAGGUGUCUACAUGUCUUUGCUGCAUCGUGAGGUUUACGAGGUUACAGAAUGUAAUUACUCACCCAUGCAUAUUUAUUUGAAGGGAGGGCAUUUUCUCCUCUGAUGUUCUUUGUAUUUCUGAUAAUUUGCUUUUUUUAUUACACCGUCCCAUGAUUUAAAGAAAUAGUAAACAAUGAAUUCUUUCACAAUUCUGAA